AUGGAGCACCAUCUACAAGUCACAGACUCCCGCACGGGAAAGUCUUAUACAAUCCCAAUUGAAGGAAACUAUAUCCGCGCUGCGGAUAUUGGUCGUAUUGGUGCGCCAGAUAGCAAGGCGGACUUGGCCGCCCUGAAGGCUGCUCCUCCUCUGCAUAUCCUCGACAAUGGCUUCCAACAUACUGCAUGCAUGGAGUCAAGCAUCACACACAUUGACGGUCUGCGUGGUACUAUUCGAUACCGAGACUUUCCUAUCGAGAGCUUAUUUCACCAAUAUGUCUACGAAGAUAUCAUGCACCUUAUCAUCUGGGGAAAUAUUCCCACCCAACAACAGAAAGACCACGUCCGAGAGGUAAUGAGUAGAGCCAUGAACCCUCCCCAGAGUGUCAAGGAUGUAAUCACGUCGUUUCCGCGUGAUGCCGAGACCUUCCCUAUGAUCCUCGCCGGUAUGAGUGCAUUUGCUGCCAACGACAGUGUGAUCUGCAAGACGCGUCAUCAGCAGAGUGCCAUGUUCCACGGACACCUCGACGUCGCAGAUGAAGCUCUGGCCCGGACGAUCGCCUACCUCGCUACCACAAUCUCGCUUAUCUACUGCCAUAAGAACGAAAAGCAAUGGAACGCACCCGAUGCUAACCGAUCGCUACUCGGCAACCUUCUUUUGAUGAUGGGUAUUACAGAUCCACAAGUUGAGAAGUGCCUGGCCAAGCUAUGGAUAUUAUACGCAGAUCAUGAGAUGACCAACUCAACAGCAGCCGUGCUCCAUGUCGGUUCUACCCUCAUCGACCCGGUAUCGGCCGUAACAGCGGGCAUCAUCUGCGGAUACGGACCCUUACACGGCGGCGCCAUCGACCUAGCAUACGAAGCAUUCCGGCAGAUCGGCUCGCCGGAGCGCGUACCCCCCUUCAUCGAGCGCAUCAAGACUAGAGGAGGUCGGUUAUUCGGCUACGGCCACCGCGUCUACAAGACUCGGGAUCCCCGCGUAUCUCUCAUCGAGGAGUUACUAAAAGAACAUCGGGAAGCCGUCGAUGCCAACCCACUCUUACGCGUCGCCAUGGCCAUCGACCGGUACGCAAACCAGGAUGCCUACUUCAUCGAGAGGGGCUUGAAGGCCAACGCCGAUCUCAUGGGCUGUUUCCUCUACACGGCUAUGGGCUUCGACACGGAUAUGAUCAUUGCUAUAACAAUCCUCUCAAGAACACCGGGUGCGUUAGCACAUUGGCGAGAGAGUUUGACGCAACCGGUGAAGCUUUGGCGACCCCAGCAGAAAUACGUGGCUCCCCUAGCAAAUUAG